AUGACUUCCCAGAACGCUGCGGAGCUCUGUGCUCUUUUGAUUGAGGAUAAUUUUGGCGAACUAUUUGCUCGCAUCUUCACAACGCUACAACGCUACGAGCGUCUACCAUUUCCUCGAUUGAAGUUCCUUUCAGGCCUGAGCGAUCGUCAACUGCAAAAUGGCCUCGUUGCUAUGAUUCAGCAUCAUCUGGUUUACCACUUCACCUCUCUUGAAGACGGAAAUACAUACUAUGAAGCGAAUUCCCAAACCGCAUACUACCUUUUGCGCUCCGGAAAGAUUCUUAACAUAGUCGAGCAACGGCUUGGAAAAUAUGCCACAAAGGUGGUACAAGCUAUUUUGUACCUCGGACAUGCUUCUGUCGUACAUCUUGAAACCAUACCCGAACUUCGACAUCUACCGGCGACCCUGAAUGAAGACGUUGAUACGAACGAGGCAGAGAACGAGAAUGGAGAAGAGAAUGGAGUUGAGAAUGGAGUUGAGAAUGGAGAAGAAAAUGGAGAAGAGCCUGUUCCGGAAUUGAAGACGGCACCACUUAAUGCCACGAUCAAAGCUCUUGCAUCCCACGGCUAUCUCAUGCGCCUGCGAGAAGCACACUUCCAGAGUCCCCAGGAUAAUUGGCUUUCGGCACGUAAACAGGUAUCUUCUCGGCCUGAUGUCAAGGCAAUGAGAGGAAAAAGACUAGAAGACACGAUUCUGGAUGGAACCAAAGAAAUCAUUGCUGACAAAACAAGAUCUGACCUCUCGGGACGUCCCAUGGCAAACAUGAAUGGUAACCAUGACAUGGAAGAUGAAGACGAAGAGGAGAACGAAUGGGACGACGACGAGGGUAUACCCUUUGAUCCUGAAACAGUUGUUCAGGUGAAUUACGCCAAAUUUGACGUCGCCCUACGAACCUCCCGGUUUGCCAGUCUCGCUGAAGGGGAGGCACCACCCGCAACAAUCGAGGUGUACAAAUGCCUCCUCCGUCGCGUGGAAUUCCUUACGUCCAGCUGCCGUACUGAUGGCGAAGGCAUUCCCCGAGAAGGCGAGGAGAAUGACCAAUUUUCUAUCCCAAUUGAAUUGUCAAAGAUAGUUGCGGAUGUCGAUCCCGAGCUUGAUCUAUCAAGCUGUCUUGGACCCUUAGACCCCGAUCAACCUCUUCACGACAAGCGUGCCGCAAAUGGCACAAAAAAGGAAGCAACUCACGAUAUAUAUAAGGGAGGAUUCACUGCCUCAAAUGUAACAGUCAAUGAAACUUCCAGUGAUGAUGAUGGCCCUAGCCGCGCCUGGGAGGUCUCUCAGCAUCUAAAGCUCAUUGAGGCACCUCCAUACAACCUGGCCCGGCAAGUUGAUAUCUCAGGAGCCAUCAAGUGGGUCAUUGAGUUCCGCGGCCUAGCUCGUCAACUACGGCAUUUGGAGAUUGAGCGCAUGAUCGACGCACGAUACGGUGACGUUGCAACUCGCGUCGUCCGAGUCCUUCAUUCCAAGGGUCGAUUGGACGAGAAGCUUCUGCAAGAGAUCAGCCUACUUCCACUUAAAGACAUGCGACAGACACUAGCGUCCUUGCAGGCCGGUGGAUUUGUGGAUUUGCAGGAGGUGCCAAAGGACGGACAGCGUCAGCCGACCAAGACUGUUUUCCUUUGGUACUAUGACCCAGACCGGAUUUGCAGCAGUGUUUUGGAAGAUAUCUACAAGGCGAUGGCGCGGACGAUGCAACGCAUCAAAUUUGAGCGCGAGCGUAUUAAGGAUUUCCUUGAUAAGACUGAGCGAACUGAUGUUAAAGGUCACGAGCAUGAAUUCCUGACCGAAGAUGAGCUCGAGACUCUCCAACAAUGGACCGAUAGAGAAGCUUUGCUGUUGACGGAGAUUAGCCGGCUGGACGACAUGGUAGCGGUCUUCCGUGACUUCUGA